CUGCCUCUUGUCUUUGUCUUCUUCUUCUUCUUCCGUGAUGGAAGAAACAGGAUCUUCUUGUUCUUGGUUUCAUGGCGUGUUCAUAUCAUCGAUUGAAGAUUACACAAGCAAGAGCUUCACGGACCUCCUCUACACCGCUCUGGUGCAAGCCAAGGUACGCACCUUCAGAAAUGGAGAAAUCGGCCCAGAACGACUGAAAGCCCUUGAAAAAUCAAAGGUUGCAAUCAUCAUUUUCUCGGUGAGAUAUGUAUGUUCCACAUGGUACUUGGAUGAACUCGUCAAAAUCCUUGAAUACAGGAAUAUGAUCGGCCAGACCAUUCUGCCGAUAUUUUAUGAUGUGGAUCCAUCUGAUGUUCGAAAACAGAAUGGGAGUUUAGCAGAAGCAUUUGCAGAAUUUGAAGAAAGUUUCAAGUUGGAGACAGGGAAGGUGCAGAGGUGGAGAGAAGCUCUUACUUUUGUAGCAAAUCUGUCCGGAUGGGAUUUACGAUUUGUAGCUCAUGGGCAUUUUUCCAAGUUUAUAGAGAAAAUAAUUGAAGAAGUUGUAGCUAGACUGAAUCAAAAGCAGUUGGAUGUUGAUACCUUCUUAGUCGGCAUGGAUUCUCAUGUAGAAAAAGUUAGUUCGUUGUUAAGUAUUGGAUCAAGUGAUAUCCGCAUUAUUGGAAUUUGUGGUGUUGGUGGAAUCGGUAAAACAACCAUAGCUAAGGCUGUUUAUAACUUGAGCUUUCACAGAUUUGCUGGUAGUAGUUUUCUUGCAAAUGUUAGAGAAGUUUCAGAACAGCCUAAUGGUUUAAUCCAUUUGCAAGAACAAUUUAUCUCUGAUGUCUUGAUGAAAAAGAACAUUAGGAUAAGUAAUGUUGAUAGAGGAGUCAUGUUGAUUCAGAAAAGACUACAAAAUAAAAAAGUUCUUGUCAUUCUCGACGAUGUUGAUCAAUUGAAUCAAAUAAAUGCAUUAGUCAGAAAGCAUGCUUGGUUUGGUGCAGGAAGUAGAAUCAUUAUAACUACCCGAGAUGAGCACCUACUAAAUGUGUUAGAAGCGGAUGAAGUGUAUAAUGUUGAAGCACUGGAUUCCAUUGAGUCUCUUCAGCUUUUCAGCUGGAAUGCCUUUAGAACAAAACGGCCAGUAGAAGAUUAUGUCAGGAUUUCACUUGAAGUGGUAGAUUACGUUGGAGGGAUCCCAUUAGCUCUAAAGGUUUUGGGUUCUUUUCUAUUUGGCAGAAGUAAACAAGAAUGGAGAACUGCAAUAGAGAAAUUAAAGGGAAUUCCGAACAAUGCAAUCCAAGAAAAACUUCGAAUAAGUUUUGAUGCACUAGAUGAUACAGAAAAGGACAUAUUCCUUGAUGUUGCAUGUUUCUUUGUUGGAAUGAACAAAGAUGAUGUGAUAGGAAUACUAGAGGGUUGUGGUUUCUUUGCAGAAAUUGGAAUCAAUGAUCUCAUUCAUCAAUCACUUAUAGAAAUCACUGAAAACAAUGGGCUUUGGAUGCAUAGUGUACUACGAGAGAUGGGAAGGCAAAUUGUUCGUGAAGAAUCCAUAGAAAUUCCUGGCAAGAGAAGCAGAUUGUGGUUUCGUCAAGAUACGUUUGAUGUAUUGACAAAAUGCAUGGGAACAAAAGCAGUUGAAGGCCUUGCCCUGGAUUUAUCAAAACUAGAAAUUGUUAACUUCGAUACUGAAGCAUUUGCAGAGAUGUCCAAAUUGAGACUACUCCAGGUCAAUUAUGUACACCUUCUAGGAGACUAUAAUCAUCUUUCUAAAGAGUUGAGAUGGCUCUGUUGGCAUGGAUUUCCCUUAAAAUCAAUACCAACCAAUUUUCAUAUGGAGAACCUUGUUUUUCUUGACAUGCAACAUAGCCACAUCAGAGAAUUCUCAAAGGAAAGCAAACUACUCAAGAAAUUGAAAGUUCUCAAUCUUAGUCACUCUUUGCUCCUACAGAGAACCCCAAACUUCGUAUGACUCCCCAAUCUUGAAAAGUUAAUCCUAGAAGAUUGCAACAAUUUGGUUGAGGUUCACCAGUCCAUUGGA